AUGCGGAACAGAAGAAGUGCGAAGAAGUCGAUGCUUAUUAAAGUAGAUCUCGAGAAAGCCUAUGAUAGGGUCCGAUGGGAUUUUUUACAGGAUACAUUAUUGGAUGUUGGUAUUACUCAUUCCCUAUCUAAUGCUAUUAUAAGAUGUAUUUCUUCUUCUUCCAUGCAUAUCUCAUGGAACGGUGGGCUUUCAAAAAGUUUCUAUCCUUCUCGAGGCUUGCGGCAGGGUGAUCCACUCAGCCCUUAUCUUUUCGUGCUCUGUUUGGAGCGGCUUUCGCUUUUUCAAGCCGUGGACAGUGGUCGAUGGAGGUUGAUUCAUCUUUCUCAUCGAGAUAAUGCUUAUAUGUGGUUUUCGAAUUGGAAUUCGUCAAGACUAUCGCUAGCUGAUUGUAUUAGUCUCACAAGUUCAAUUCUUGCAGCGAUGCCCCAAUAUGCAAUGCAAGUGAUGAGGCUGCCUGUUAGUAUUUGUUCUAAGAUUGAUAAAGUCUGUAGAGGUUUGCGGGAUUUGUGUACUCUUAACAAAGCUUUUCUUAUGAAAGUGGCUUGGGGCAUUAAAACUGGUUUAGUUGCAUUAUGGGCUUGGGUGUUAACUAUUGGCAAUGGUCAAACUGUGAGAUUUUGGAAGGACAAAUGGGUUUGGGAGUUGGACACGCUUCAGAAUGUUACUCUGCAUCCUAUUCCAGAGAUUAUAAUUAACGAGGUUGUGGUGGACUAUGUUAGGAGGGAUGGAUCAUGA